AUGUUUUAUGUGUUAUCUAUCUAUCUAUCUAUCUAUCCCAGUUUCUAUCUAUCUAUCUAUCUAUCUAUCUAUCUAUCUAUCUAUCUAUCUUCCCUGCAUUUUGUUAUAAUCUUCAAUCGGCGGCAACGACAAGAUAUAUUCAUGAGUUACUCGCCUUCUCGCUUCAUAUCUAUCUAUCUAUCUAUCUAUCUAUCUAUCUAUCUAUCUAUCUAUACCAGUUUCUAUCUAUCUAUCUAUCUAUCUAUCUAUCUAUCUCAUUCUUUUUUCAUAUCAUUCAUCUAUCUAUCUAUCUAUAUAUCUAUAUAUCUAUCUAUCUCGCUCCCCAUUCAUCUAUCUAUCUAUAUCUAUACCAGUUUCUAUCUUCAUCUAUCUAUCUAUCUAUCUAUCUAUCUCAUUCUUUUGUUCAUAUCUAUCUAUCUAUCUAGCAUUUUGUCACUUGUCUCAACUAGUUCGUAUCUAUCUAUCUACGUCUGUCCAUAUCUAUCUACCUAUCUAUAUCAGCCAGUUUCUAUCUAUCUAUCUAUCUAUCUAUUCAACUUUAAUACAUCUAUCUAUCUAUCUAUCUAUCGUUCUAUCUAUCUAUCUAUCUAUCUAUCUAUCUAUCUAUCUAUCUUUUAUUUUUCUAUUUAUAUAGCUCAUUUCUUUAUCUAUUUAUCCAGUGUUACUAGUGAAACCACUGUUUAUUAUCUCGUAACAACAUGUAAAGACGGUGGCGACUACAUCGAAGACGAAGGAGCAGGAGGAGUCGAACUAGAAAGAAAAAGUGGAAGGAGGCGCUAA